GUGCAAUGGGUAGAAAAAUAUUUCAAGGAUUGCGUUUGUGACAUCAGAAGCGAAAUUUCUUUCAGCCUUGGUAUGUUCAGCUUGCUUUUCUGGGGCACUGCCGAGGUUCCUCAGAUCGUUACAAACUUCCGUACCAAGUCCGGCCAUGGCGUCUCCAUCGCCCUCCUUCUCACUUGGUUCAUUGGGGAUAUAUUUAACUUGGUUGGUUGCCGCCUCGAACCGGUUACGCUGCCAACUCAAUACUACACGGCUCUGCUUUACACGGCAGUCACGGUGGUGUUAAUUUUGCAAACCUUUUACUAUGACUACUAUGGCAGACUUCGGAAAGCGAAUAAUUCCCUCACUAAAGCUGAUGAUGAUGAGGAUGGGGACCAUGUAGAAGCAAUGAAGAAACCUUUAAUUGAUCCAAAGCGCAAGGGCGAAGUCAAAGCCGUACCAACUAAGACUUCAAAUAGAGGGUCUCCGCGCACUGACACCUAUUACAUGUCGGCGAGGUCCUUGACAAGCAGUACCGGGACGCCGUCGUACCUACAAACAACGCAUCUAGUUGGCAGAUUUGGCAGCGGGCCUUCAACCGUGGCAGCAAUGCACGACUCCUCCUCUGACGAGGAAGAGGACACCGGCGAUGCCCAUUUUUAUUCCAAUCUAUUCCCCAAGCCCACCUCCUCUACAGCUAGUGGGUAUGCAGCACUCAUCAUAGGUUCCGCUGGCUUGCCGUCUCAGGCCAGCGCUUUUACGGAAGCAAAUAUCGGCAGAAGAAUAUUAAAGAACACAGGGUUGAUGACAAUGGGGUCCAAUCCUUACGGAAUGGCCUUGGGGUGGGUGAUGGCUGCCAUUUAUAUGGGAGGACGUUUGCCUCAAAUUUAUCUAAAUAUCAAACGAGGAGGCGUUGAGGGUUUAAAUCCUCUUAUGUUCACAUUUGCUAUAAUUGCAAACGCAACCUAUGUCGGGAGCAUACUAAUGAGGAGUACUGAAUGGAAUAUGCUAAAGGCUAACGCACCUUGGUUGUUGGAUGCCGUUGUUUGUGUGCUACUGGACCUAUUUAUUAUAUUGCAGUUUGCAUACUACAAAUUUGCUGCUAGAAGAGCUACAGACGAUGACCUUCCAGACAGUGAUGACGUAUCUAACGAGGCCAAGAAGAUACUUGCUUGAAUCUUUUUGUACCAAAGCUCAUGCGUGUUUUAAUUAAUUACGAAGCCCUACGAUUAAUUAGAAGCUUAUGCAUAUUUGAUUGCCUUCUUGUACUCUAAAAAACGGACAAAAAAUUAGUCAUCCGCAUUUUGAUGUUAAUUCCCCAACCCUCCUCUCCCUCUCCCUCUCCCUCUCGUUUGAGAAG